GCAGGCGGUGGGAGGAGUAACGGGGAGAACGCUGGCUCUGCCUCCUCUGCGCUCCUCCUCCGGGUGGAAACGCGUCUCCGGGCUCCGGAGCGGACAUUUGCGUGGAGCACCGCCGGGGUUCGGGACUCCUGCUGCCGCGGAGCUGCUGAGCUCCACAUCGGCGCUGAUCGCCGGAUAAAAACCCUCCUUUUCUUUCCUUCUCCUCAGAUUCUGCCACACGCAGCAGACCGCCGCCUUCCGGUUCCGCUGAAAGAUUCUGCUGCUUUGUCGGCGUUCCGGUCCCGGUUCUGGUUCUAUGGGACUCCUGGAUUGAUUGAGACGCGCUGCUGCUGCUGCUGCUAAGUUUGGAGCAGCCCGUCAGCAGCGGGAGGAGCCGCGGAUCCGCCGCCGAGCACAGAGCCACGUCUGUCCGCCGGAGCGCUGCGGGCAGCGGGCAGACGGACGGACCGCCGCCGCGGGGAGGGCAGCGUUUCCCGGAGGCUCCUCACGAUCGGCACGGCCCGGCCCAGAGGGACUCCCUCGCUCUGAGGGACGCUCAGGAGCCGAGGACUGAAGCAGGGAGGAGGCGGGGCGACGUAGGCGCCAGGCAGGAGAGAGGGGCUUUGAAAGGAGGGAUUUGGGGGUCCACCCCCCCCCCACCCCCUCCACUGAACAUCCUCCUUUUUGCUGGUUUCUGGAUCACUGACACGCAGACAAAGGCCGAGAAUGUGCGCUGAAAGGAGUGUGGGGCAGAGCGGGACCAGGACUACAGCCUGGCUGCUGGCUCUGGCGUUGGCCGCCGUGGGUCUGAUGGCGCCGCCGGCCCGCGCCCAGGUGGAGGUGGACGUGGCGGGGGGGACGGUGCUGCUGGAGGCGGAGGGAGAGCUGGAGGCCUCCAUGCACUCGGCGCUGCUUCGUGACUUCCAGGAGGCGACGGAGAGCCUCCAGGAGACGGCGGCGCCCACGGCCUUCCCAGACUCCUCGGCGGUGGUGGGCCGCGUUUUCCAGAUCAAGGUGCCCAACAAGAUGGAGGACGGUGACCUGGGCGACGUGGUCAAGGUGACCGAGGUGGGGAAGGAGUCCCUGCCCGCCUGGCUGCACUGGGAUGUCAGCAGCCGAAUCCUGCGGGGGCUCCCUCUGGAGGAGGAUAAAGGAGUCCACUACAUCUCUGUGACCAUCUCCAACCACACCAAGCCCCCCUCCUCCUCCUCAGAGGUGUUCUCCAUCGAGGUGCACCCUGAGGACCACUUUGACGCAGACUCGUCUCCGCCGCUGUCCAACCAGGCAGCCGUCGAGGCUCACCUGCAGCCGUUCAUGUGCAGCGACGAGGAGCCCGUCACGGUCCUGACGGUGAUUCUGGACGCUGAUCUAACAAAGAUGAGCUCGGAGCAGAGGGUGGAGCUCCUGGACAACAUGAGGAGCUUCUCUGGAGUGGAGCUGCAGUUCAUGAAGAUGCUGCCCGUGGUCAACAACAGGCUGUUUGACAUGUCUGCGUUCAUGGCAGGUCCAGGCAACGCCAAAAAGGUGGUGGAGAACGGGGCUCUUCUGUCCUGGAAGCUCGGCUGCUCAUUGGACCAGACCACUGUUCCAGAUAUCGACAGUGUCCAGGGUCCAGCUAAAGAAGGUGCAAUGUCUGCCAAGCUGGGGUACCCUGUGGUGGGAUGGCACAUUGCUAACAAGAAGCCGCACGUCCCAAAGCGUGUGAGAAGACAGCUGAACAACACUCCGACGCCCAUUCUGGCUGUGCUUCCUCCGACGACAGCAGUGGAACCUCCAGUGAGGAUCGUCCCAACCCUCUCCUCUCCUUCUAUUGCUGCACCUACAGAAAGUUCUGCCCCUCCUGUACGAGGACCCGUGCCCCUUCCAGGAAAGCCCACAAUCAGAAUCCGUGACCCCAUUGCCCACACCCCAACCCUGGGGCCACCUCAACCAACAAGAGUAAUUGAGACCACCAGCACCAUUUCCAUUCAGCCAACCGUGGCCAGGCCCACCUAUGUGGUACCCACCGCCAUACCGCCCAUUCCACCCAAAAAGCCCUCCAAGAAACCUAGGAAGCCCAUCACCACUCCAAUGACCUCCACAUCCAGCGCGCCCACGGUCAGUUCCCCAUCACCUGGUGUCAUCCAUGAUCCAUCCAAUGAAGCGCCCAUCCUGAGGAACCCCAUUGACCAGGUCAACGCACUGGUGGGCACCUAUUUCGAGGUUAAAAUCCCUUCUGAUACGUUCUUUGAUAAAGAGGACGGACCAACGGACAAGCUGCGUCUCACCCUGAAACAGAAGUACAAUGAAGGGGUUGGAGACGAAUCCUGGAUCCAGUUCAACACCACCAGCCAGCUGCUGUACGGCCUGCCUGACGUCCGCCACAUUGGGAAACACGAGUACUUCAUGCAGGCGACCGACAAAGGUGGACUGGAUGCCAUCGACGCCUUUGAAGUGAGAGUGAACCGCUGGCCUGCCAACGACAAAACUCCGGUCCUGUUCACAGCCCGCUUUGAAGGAGACCCCCGGUCGGUCACUAACGACAUCCACAAGAAGAUCCUGCUGGUCAAGAAGCUGGCGUACGUACUGGGGGACCGCAACAGCAGCACAGUGAGUUUAAGGAACAUCAGCAAAGGGUCGAUUGUGGUAGAAUGGACAAACACCAGCCUCCCCCAGCACCCAUGUCCAAAAGAACAACUCAGAAAUAUGAGCAGGACGCUUGGAGAUGCAGAUGGAAGACCCUCACAGAGGUUCAGGAACUAUAUGGGGCCUGAGUUCAGUCCGUUGGAGGUGAAGGUGCGGGGCAAAGCAAGCUGCCGGACAUACUCCUUCAUCCCGCCCGCAGAGAUCGAGAUCCCAGAACCUUCAGCGGUUACUCCAGGUCUGGGAUCGAGCCGGCACAGCACAGAUGAUGUCUACCUUCACACAGUCAUCCCUGCUGUGGUGGUGGCGGCCAUCUUGCUGAUCGCAGGAAUCUUUGCGAUGAUCUGCUACAGGAAGAAGCGGCGGGGCAAGCUCACCAUUGAGGAUCAGGCCACCUUCAUCAAAAAGGGGGUGCCUAUCAUCUUCGCAGAUGAGCUGGAUGACUCCAAGCCUCCUCCCUCCUCCAGUAUGCCCCUGAUCCUCCAGGAAGAGAAGCCCCCUCUGCCCCCCCCUGAAUACCCCAACAUGGCCAGUCCGGAGACCACUCCCCUCAACCAGGAGCUGCUGGGGGAGUACACGGCUCUGCGAGACGAGGACCCCAACGCUCCCCCUUACCAGCCCCCACCUCCCUUCACCGCUCCCAUGGAGGGCAAGGGCUCUCGUCCAAAGAACAUGACUCCCUACAGAUCCCCACCCCCCUACGUGCCCCCCUAAGACUUGUUGGCCCCUCCCCUGAGAGGGUGGAGGGAAGCUCCAGGAACUGUGCUGGUUUCUGUCUGGACUUUUACAGGAAGAGAUGUCAAGAGGUGCUAAAGUUCCAAAACAACAGGAGACUAUGGUCUGGGUGGGUUUGGGAUGUCGGACCUGCUUUGAGGGACUACUGGUUCUGUGGUAGCCCAGGUCCUGCGAUGGCCUGGACAAGUCUCAUCCCAGUGGGCUUAUGGUUCCACCCAGCUGCUCAGAAGAAACACCUGGGAGAGCCACUCUCCCUCCUCAGCGUCUGAUUUUAUUUUCUUAGAUUUGAAUACUGGAUUCUAUUUUACGUUCUUCUUUUUCCCAGGAACUGGUUUUCUUUCUCACUGGACUGAAGUGUUGCCUAACAGCCUUUGUUGUGUCCCGCUUUUAAACGACACCAGAGCAGAAUAACGUGUCAGCGCACCUCUGCUGGCGUCAGAUUCUCCUCCAGGUCUGAGGAUCUCAACUCGCCACCGCAGGCGACGCAGACCAAGCGGAGGCCCAGAUGUGCGCGUGUGAACGAGUGUGUGUGUUGAUUCGGAUUCAUAGCGGUUUGCCUUUUAACUCUAUUUAUCUGUUUCUAUCCUUAUUCACAAUUUCUAGCAAAGCUGAGAAUAACAAGGUAGCCUAAAACGCCGUAGAGAUGAGUAACCAUUUGUUCUGUUUUUAAGUUCACUGCAUUUAUGGAAGACGGUUUUAUUUUGGGUGGAAAGAAUCGAGACAGGAUUAUCUUCCUGAAUCCUUGGGGGUGAAUUUUUUUAUUCCCGUAUUUCUACAAGACAAAUCAGCCACAACAUUUUGUCCCUUCAGCUGAUUCUGAAACGACAGAUGAGAAGAACUGGGUGGGGGGGGGGGGGGGGGGCUCAGCGGGCAGAACAACAUAGCAACCAUGAAAUCCUGGAAUAAUGCCUUAGUCAUCUCUGAUCCGACCAUCGCUGAUCAGGACGGCAGUUUGCUCUAAUACGUGAGAUAAAGCCGGUCUUGGCACAAUCUGUACUUUUGGUUUCAUAAACUAUGAGGUUUACUAACUAAUAAAUAACCAGGGUCCCGAUCUAACCGUUGGAGAGGAGACAGUUUUCAGAGUUAGAAACAUCCGAUUGGGUUCUGGUGGUAUCUCAGCCGCUGAGGAUGGUUUUAAAUGAUAGAAAAGCGGUUCUGUUAUGUGGGCCGUUAACAGGUAUCUAAUCCUGAAACGCUUCCUUGUUCCGUCUCUAAAUGAGUGAAUCUGAUCUGUAACACACUCCCCGGCCCAGAAAGAAUAAUCCAGUCGGUCCAGAAUUCGGUCUGCGUUACGUAAAAGUUGAGAUGUGACGGCGUUACAGGCAGUGACUGCAGCGCCCCACAGUGAUUCACACUGAGGGCAGAACCUGAUGAAGUUCUGGAGGGUCAUGUUGAGCAGUGGGCUGGGUACCCCUGUUACAAAGCAGAGCCCGGUGUCUGCGUGGUUCUGGUUCUGAUGUUCCAGAUCACUGGACCAGCUCAAUGUGACCCUGGUAGGCCUCCAUCCUGUAAGGUUCUGGUGACCGCCUGCAGCCCUACUGCUCCAUUCAUCCGUCCACCUCUGAUGCCCGCUGGUGUUGGUUGUGGACCCGUCGGUUCCUCUGGGUCCGGUCCAUCAGUGGACUGCAUGGACCCGGUCAGUGUUAAACCCAUCCGGGUUUUAACGGGUGUUCACGGCUUAGCGUCGGCGCAGGUUGGCCUUUCCUCUGCGGUACGGCGGGACUACAGCCCAGAAAUGUACUGUAAACCAGGGAUAGUUAUUUUUCUACGUGCCAUUGGGACUCUCCCAGAACUGAAGCAUUUAUUUCAGAUUUGUUUCCGGACGCAACGGAGAUAAUUGUUGCUGAGAUUCAGGAAAAGAAAAAAACAUUGAGUUUCCAGCCAGUUCCUCCAAGAAAAAGCAAUGAAACAUUUUUUUAAUUACUUUUUGAUACAGCCUCAAAUAGUUUAUUAAAAUGAUCACAAUUAAUGAUUAGUCUUCUUUGAUUUCUUUUAGCUUAGUUCAUGAUUCAGUUAUUUACACUUUUUUUUCUUGUCAUGGGUCACAUUUCCUGUCGGAUUGUUUUGCUGUGUUUGCAUCUCUAAUGUACCCCUAACACAGCGAUGGAAGGAGCCGUGUGGUUUGUUUCAGUUCUCCAUCCUUCUGUCUGAGGUCCAUUUGAAAGUGACCCUUUGCAAUAAUGGCGUUGGGCGUUGUGCAGCGACUGCUCCAUGCAGCCUCACGCCACCGACUCAUGCUGUCAUGACGUUGGUUAUUGCAGGAUGCCAAGACUUUUUUGCUUAUGGAGUGUGCAUUGUAAUAAUAAAACCAACUGGUACCUUAAUCACA